AUGUGAAGGCCUGUGUCCCCUGUUGAUCUGUGAAAAAAAGGAAGUGAUCUUAAGAAAGGAAAUCGUCAGAUCUCAUGAAUGCAGAUCGGUAGCUGUCUGGUAGGCACAAGCCACACAAAGUCACAGGACCGCAGUUGCACUUAACACGAGUUAAGUGAAACGACGAAGAGGCAGAGAAGACACACAGGAAGCACAUCAGCAACUAAAAAUGGACUAAAAAAAGGAGACUCACUUUAGAAAUAUUCUACACAAGUGACCUGAGGAAGAAAAGUAGCAUUUCAGAAGGGGCACGCCGCAUUGUCUGGUUUGUUCCUGUUAAUCUCACCACCAGGACUCAAACACACGGAUCUCUGCAGGACAUUCCACUGCAUGCUGCUGUUUUGUUUUUGCCCUGAAGAUUGACGAACUGGAACAGGAAGACUUCCUUUAGGCCACUGAAGCAAGAGGUGAAGAUGGACAAGUCAGAGAUGUUUGGCUUCUCUCUGGAGACAGACGACAGGACAAAGGAGGAGAAAUCACGGCAGAGAUCUGCCCUGGCUUUGGGCAAGGAGUCGCCCAAGGCUCCCAUGGACACUGACUACCAGGAGGAAAUGGAGGAGACCAAGCCUCAAAACAGAUUCAAUUUCAACUUUGACAAAGCGAUUCAGGGUAAGGAGCAGCACGGUAGGAAGAGAGAAAGCAAGACAUUUAACAUUGAUAAGUUGUUUGAAGCAGUGGCCAGAAGGGACGUUGAAAAGCUGGGCUGCCUGCAUCAGUACCUGCACCAGCACAUGAAGAAACUCUCCGACUCUUUGUAUCAGUCCUAUGGUAAAACCGCCCUGAUGAAGGCUCUGCUGCACCUCAAAGACGGCAAGAACGAGACGGUGGAACUAUUAAUUGACAUUUCAGAGAAGAUGGGCGACAUUAAAGAGUUUGUGAAUUCAGCCUACACCAACAGCUACUACAAAGGCCAGACAGCUCUCCAUAUAGCCAUUGAGAGGAGGACUAUUUUCUAUGUGAAGCUGCUGGUCAGUAAAGGAGCGGAUGUCCAUGCCAAAGCCUGCGGAAAAUUCUUCCAGCUACAUGACGGCCCCAACUUCUACUUUGGUGAGCUGCCUCUGUCUCUGGCAGCCUGCACCAACCAGCCCAACGUGGUGGACUUCCUCAUGGAGAACGAGUACCAACGAGCGGACGUUGAGAUGAAGGACUCUCAGGGCAACACGGUGCUGCACGCCCUGGUGGUGGUGGCUGACAACUCCAAGCAUAACACAGAGUUCAUCACACGCAUGUACGACCGCAUCCUUAAGACCACUGCCAAACUGCACCCCAAUCUGAAGCUAGAGAACAUCGAGAACAAUAAUGGGCUGACGCCACUCAAAAUGGCUGCCAAGACUGGCAAGAUCACGCUUUUUUCACACAUCCUGAAACGGGAAUUCCAAGAGAGUCACACCAAACAUUUGUCCCGUAAAUUCACUGAGUGGGUUUACGGGCCCGUCCACUGUUCCCUGUAUGACCUGGCCUCUUUGGACUCGUACGAAGACAACUCAGUCAUGGAGAUACUGGUCUACGGCAGUGACAUUCCUAACCGUCACGAUAUGCUCCAGACGGAGCCUCUGAGCCGGAUGCUGGACGAGAAGUGGAAGAGGUUUGCAGGUCGCAUGUUUUGUUUCAACUUCCUUGUCUACUUCCUGUACCUGAUCAUCUUCACUAUUGUAGCCUACAAUAAGAAGGACGGACAGCCGCCGUUUCCCCUCGAACACGACACAAUGGGUUACCUGUAUGUUUCAGGCCAGCUACUGACAGCGCUGGCAAACUGCUAUUUCUUUUUCAUGGGGAUCAUAGACUUGAAGAGGAAACGCCCAAAACUGCAGACGUUGCUGAUAGAUGGAUAUUAUGAGAUUCUUUUUUUUGUGCAAGGUGUCCUCUUCCUGGUCUCCGCCGGGCUGUAUCUGAGUGGGCAGCAGGAGUAUCUCGGCUUCCUGGUACUGUGUCUUGCUCUCAGCUGGGUGAACCUGCUCUACUUCUCCAGGGGCGACAUACACAUGGGCAUCUACAGCAUCAUGAUACAGAAGAUGAUCCUCAGUGAUAUCCUGCGCUUUCUUUUUGUCUAUGUUGUCUUCCUCUUUGGAUUUUCAGCAGCGGUGGUCACCCUGCUCAUAGAGCCUCCUGUGAGAAACAACACUAAAAGUCAGAAGGGGCGUCUCUAUGGUCCCCUUGAUGAUGAUGAGGAGUGUUUAAAACCCAGCUUCAGAAACAUCUCCUACACCACGUUGCAGCUCUUCAAGUUCACCAUCGGCAUGGGCGACAUGGAGUUCACCCAGGGCUACCAGUACAAGGAGGUCUUCUACUUGCUCCUCAUCGGCUACAUCAUUCUCACCUACAUCCUGCUGCUCAACAUGCUCAUCGCCCUCAUGAACCACACCGUGGAGAAGACCACCAUGGAGAGCAGCAGCAUCUGGAAGCUACAGAGGGCUAUCACUAUCCUGGACAUGGAGAAUAGGAUGCCUCGCUGUCUGAGGAGGAGGCUUCGCUGUGGGGUGGAGAAAAACCUCUGCACUGCUCUUGGGGAUGACCGUCGCCGGUGUUUCAGAGUGGAGGAAGUCAACUGGAACAAAUGGAACAGCAACCUGGGCAAAAUCAAUGAGGAUCCUGGCUGCUGGGAUCGUGUCCAACAGCUUGCUUCAGACACCCAGCUGAACACACCAAACAGAGGGAGGAGCUGGAGAGGCUUAUUCAUGGAGAGCAGAAGAAGGCAAUGGCAGACUUAUCAAUCCACAGAGACGAGUCUGAGCACCACAGCGGUCUAAAAGAUAACAGAGAGCUUCACUCUGGCUGCUCAGCCUGACUAACCUGAGCAACGAUGCAUUCAAACCUAAAGACAGUAUUCAGUUCCCCAAGAAAUUUAACUGCCAAAUAUGUGAACUGCCUUUCUGACUGACUGAUACUCUAAUGUCAGCUGGAUUUUAAAUUUAGUCUUUGAGGCAAUAUUUCAGGGAUGAGCAGUGCUGAAGAAGAUAUUGUAAAUAUGUGUUUAUCUGACUGACAUAAUGAUGUACAAAAAGUAGAAUGUAUCAAAGUUGACUGCUGCAUCAAAUGCUGCUUAAUUGCCAAGGAAAUCUUGCAUUUGAAAUACAUUAAACAUUUAAUCCAAA